UUUCAAUAUGAAUUUAAAAAGAAGGAGAAGAGGAAAAAGAAAUAACCUAAAUAUUCAAGAUCAUAGACAGUCAACACAGGAGCAAGGAAAUAAUGGGUCUGUCUAUCUGACAAGCACUAGAAAUCUAAGAACGUGUAAAAAGUUAAAUCGCACACGAUUUUUUAGAAGAAAUUCUAAAUUCUCCACCAUAGCCAAGACAGACAAAGUGACUCAUAAGUUCUUAAAACAAUCUACUUUAAGAGAGGAUGUUGGAAAAGCCCUGAUUAAUUGAGGGAGUUCGAGGAAGAAGAAGAGCAGGAACUUUAAUUGAAGCGUUGACAAUGAGAAGGCUCAUUUUUCUAGUCUUUAUAAUGCUAAGAACAUGCUUCCUUCUAUUUAUAGAAGUAUUGAUGCAGACACCACUAGAAAUAGCAUCACUGUGCAUAAGCAUACUAAUAGAGAUCUUUAUAAUGUUCGGAAUGAUCAUUUUAACACAUAUUCUCUCAAAAAAAAGCAUAUUAAAUAACCUCAAAAGAUUCAUUAGCGAGCACACACGGUGGAAGAAUAAAAUUAAUGAAAUCAGCAGCAAGAAGAAAAUAUUUAAAAUUGUUAAGAGAAAAUUAUCUGUUGCAAGCAACUCUUCAGAUGAGAGACGUAACUUUACAGUAAGGAUGGCGAAGACUGGAGUUCUAAAGAAAUCUAAUCUACUCGAUAAGAUCAAAUUAAAUACCUCAGUCAGAUUCCGGGAUAAGGACCAGUGUAAAUUUAACAAAAUAGCAUACUGAAAAGACUUAACGAAUUUAUUCCUAAAAUAAGUCAGUCAGAACCAAAUUUAUUGAUGCCGCUACUUCAAUUCAAAGGUCUUGGAGAGGCAGGAAGACUAGAAUAUUUUUCCAAGCAAGGCAUAAAAUGCAGGAAAAGGCAGCAAUGGUUAUCCAAAAUUGAUGGAAAAAGUAUUGGUCGUAUAAACUCCAAAUAAAAUAAAUGGGAGGGAAAGUUAAACUUAAAUGAUAAAACUGCUUUAAAUAGCUUAAACUGACAGACUUUUAGUCAAGUGCAUAUUUUAUCACACUUUAAACAGCUGAUUAAGAGGAUGAAGCAGAAGAAAGCUAACUCUUUGAUCUUGGUUCAGAAGUAUAUGCGAGGCUAUGUUCAGUUCAAGAAAUAUGAGAAGUUUUUAGCAAAAGGAAAACUCAAAAGUAUUUCUAAAAAUCUAAGUUGGAUGAAAAAAUAUGAAAUAAGGAAGAAUAAAAAGUUCAGAGUUGACAGAUUGAGUGAAACUUUUGUAGCGAAAAAUGUUGUCCAGUGACCACACCGCAACCAGACUUCUUUAAGAGAAUUCAAGAACAAAUCUUACAAGAAAUGAUACUAUCAGCUCAACCCUAGAAAUAGUGUCAAUCUAAUGCCAUUUGAUGAUGAUUUAACAUCCAUAGAAGUACCUCCAGAGCCUCAUAUAAGCAGUGAGAAGUUGGAUAUCUCAUUUAUUUCUGACUCCGAUUCGGAUGAUCAACCAGUUAGAGGAAGUCUAUCUAAAUUUAGCUCUGUUCCUCAUGGACAUACCUUUAUGAGUUCUCAUUGAACCAAUUUCCAAGAAAUCCGAAACAAGCAGAAUUCGGCUAGGAGAAGGACUAAGUAUGUUGAAAGAGUGCAAUUGACUGGGGGUCCAAAGAAUCAAUUUAGCCAUUUGCUUGGCUCCUCUAUGGUAAUAGAAGAGAUUAGGACUUCCUCUAGGAAUGACUAAUUAUCCUAUAAUUCUCCAUGAAUCUAAAAAUUUAAAUUUUA